UGAAAUCUGACGUUUCGAUUGAAUUCCCAAAUCGUGAUUCAAUGAUUGAUCUGUUAUUUUGCGUUUCUUAAAUUCUCGAUUUGGGUUUUUUUUUCUUUUUUCUUUUCCCGAUUGAUACUGUUACUAGUCUCUGUGUUUCGAUUCCUCUAUGUUCAGGUAUUUGAUGAUGGGGAUAAGUAAAACAGAGAUCAAUUUCCUGAGAUUGCUUUCGGCUGCACCUAAUCAGCAAAAUCAGUCGAAGCUUAUGCAUUAUGUUGCUACAUUGAGGGAACUAUUAGAACAACUCUCGGAAGAGAAGACCCCUGAAGGGCUUCCCAGAGUUACAAAGACUAAGGUUAAUGAGUACUAUGAGAAGAUUGAAGCUGUUGCUUCCAAGAUAGUUUCUCAAGUGCCUGACACAGAGGUAUCUGAUGAACCCUUUGGAAAAGAUUCGACUAGUGGAAGCUCACCGAAAAUAGAAGAUGAUCCUCGAAGUCCCACUUCUCCACAGCUGAGAAGAAGAAUAGUGCCUGCAAGUUCCAAGGACCAAAGUUUUGAUGCUGCUGAUGCUGAUUCAUCAAAACCAGUAAAACUAGACACCGCAGCUCAAGCGCACAUUGAGAAGCACAGAAAACUUCAAGAGGAUCUAACAGAUGAAAUGGUGGGACUUGCAAGACAACUCAAGGAGAGAAGCCAAGCGAUAAGCCAAUCUGUGCAAAAUACCGAGAAGAUACUUGACUCUACCGAGGAGGCCAUUGAGCAAAGCUUAGCGAGCACAGGACACGCGACAACAAGAGCGACGAAGAUAUAUUCACAAAGCUCAAAGACAAGUUGCUUCCAAUGGCUAUUGAUUUUCGCCAUGACCUGUGUGUUCAUAAUGGUUGUCCUGUUGAUCCGAGUCACAUAGAAAAAUGGUUAAACCAAAUUAGUGAAACUUUCCAUUUCAGUUUGUUAAAAAGUUAUGUCGACUUGUGUAAAUUCUGAGUUUUGGUAUAAUGUGAAAUGAAACCAGCAUAGAGCAGACCUUGAUUUUGAAGAGA